AUGGAAGACCGCGAAUGUAUUUUUUCAUUUAGCUGAUGGAGCAGAAUAUGAAGAAGAACUUUCUACAGAUGGAUGGAUUCAGUGGUUUUGUAGCCUUGAAGGUCAUGAGUUCUUUGUAGAAGUUGAUGAAGAAUUCAUUAACUCCCCCCCCCCCCUCCGUGAGCGAACAAAACCAUUAGAAAAAUCGCCAUUUUUUGACCAAAAACCCACCCUCCGUGAGUGAACAAAAAUUUUUUUAAUAGAAAAAAUUUUAAUGGAAAAAAAUUUUGAUAUAUAAGUGAUAAUUAGUAUAAUGAAAUCUAGAGCUAAUUCUGUUAAUUUUAAACAAAUUGCGUUUUAAAACAUAAAUUUUGCAAAUUAAAUUAAUAUUUGCUUCCCAAUUUUUGCAAAUUAGGAUUUUUUUAAAUUUCGAAAAAAAUAUUUUUUAUAAAAUUUAUAUAUAAAUUUUUUUUUAAAAAAAAAAAAAUUAACCCCCCUCCGUGAGCGAACAAAAUUUUUUUGUUCGCUCACGGAGGGGGGGGGGGGAGUAAGGAAAGCUUCAAUCUUUACGGUCUCGUUCCAAAAGUUCCUCAUUAUCGUGAAGCAUUAGAAAUGAUCUUAUCUUUUGGCACUCCAGAUGAAGAUGAUUUGCAAGACGACAAGUUUCUUGAAUUAUAUGGAGAAGCAACUGAUCUAUAUGGCAUGAUUCAUGCUCGCUAUAUAUUAUCACCUCGUGGAUUAGCAUUAAUGAGAGAAAAAUAUUUAUCAGGAAAAUUUGGCACUUGCCCAAGAGUUAUGUGUGAAAGGCAAAAUGUAAUUCCUGUUGGAAUUUCUGAUGUUUUGAAAACUUCAAGAGUGAAGAUAUUUUGCCCAAGGUGCCAAGAAGCAUACAUUCCGAAACAUAAGUAUUCUGAUGUAGAUGGAGCUUACUUUGGAGCAUCUUUUCCACAUAUUUUAUUGCAAUCUUAUAGUGAUUUUUGCAUACCUCCGCUGGCUGCUGACUCCCCCUCCCUUUAGCGAAAAAAAAAUUUGUUUGCUUAUGGAGGGACUUAUUUUUUAUUUAAAAUGUUUUAUAUAUAUAUUAUAGUAUUUUUUUCCCUAAAUUAAAAUAUCCCAUUCGAAAUAGUUUUAAAGCAAAUAUUUAUUUAAUUUGUAAAAUUUAUUUUUAAAAACGCGAGCUGCUUAAAAUUAGACAGAAUUAGCUAGAGAUCUUUAUAAUAAUUAUCACUUAUAAAUCACAAUUUUUUUAUAAAAAAUUGUUCACUGGAUUUUCAACCCAAAAAAAAGGGAUUUUUCCAAUGGUUUUGUUCGCUCACCGAAUGAAGGGGGAGUGAGUAUACUCCUAAAAUUUAUGGGUUUAAAUUAUAUAAUCAUAAAGGCUCAAAAUAUUAUGAAAAACGAUCAGAUGACCUAAAUCCUUCCUUGAUAACGAGCAUGUCAUUGUAAAUUUUUUUCUAUUAAAGAUAAUUAAUGGCUUUAGCAAAUGAGAUAUCAACAAUAUAUUUUAAUUUCAACAGUUACAUCCUAAAGCAUCAAUUUAUAAAUGUCUGAAUCAAUAAAAAAAACUUACUCCCCCCCCCCUCCGUGAGUGAACAAAAAAAUUUUGUUCACUCACGGAGGGGGGUUAAUUUUUUUUUUUUUAAAAACAUUUAUAUAUAAAUUUUAUAAAAAAUAUUUUUUUUCGAAAUUAAAAAAAAUCCUAAUUCGCAAAAAUUGGAAAGCAAAUAUUAAUUUAAUAUAUAAAAAUUUAUGUUUUAAAAAGCAAUCCAUUUAAAAUUAAACAGAAUUAGCUCUAGAUUUCAUUAUACUAAUUAUCAUUUAUAUAUCAAUUUUUUUUCCAUAAAAAAUUUUUCUAUUAAAAAAAUUUUUGUUCACUCACGGAGGGUGGGUUUUUGGGCAAAAAAUAGGGAUUUUUCUAAUGGUUUUGUUCACUCACGGAGGGGGGGGGAGUUAGAAUUAAUCAUAACUAAAAUCAAAAAAAAAUCGCUCAACAAGAAAAAAAACUUGCUUGCAAGCAAAAGAGGAGUAAAUAAUGAUUUUAAGAAAUCGAAGAUACAAUAG